GCCUUGGGGGGGGUUUUGGGGCUGCACCCAAGCAUUUUGUCCAUUUUUAUUUUUUUUGCAACUCCCGUUUUUGGGGGCCGUUUUCGGGGAGCAUCUUUCCCGAAAUCCCCCAGUGGAGUGCCCCGAGGCUCGUCCGCCCGGCCGGCCGCAGCCCCCCGAGGCCAGCUUGCCCGCCUGCCCCGCGGCGCGCCCCCGCCGCCCGAGAGAUGAGCAUUGAGACGCUUCUGGAGGCGGCCCGCUUCCUGGAAUGGCAAGCGCAGCAACAACAGAGAGCACGUGAGGAACAUGAGAAACUUCGGCUGGAGCGGGAGCAGGAGCAGAAGGCCAGCACCACGCGGGUUAAUCAUAUGCUGCCCCCUGAAGAACCCCGGAUUGAGGCCCCCCCACUUCCCUUGUCCCCUCCAGCUCCACCACCUGCACCCCCACCCCCUCUGGCCACCCCAGUGACUGUCAUCCCCAUCCCUGUGGUGACAGGCUCCCCACAGUCGAUGCCUCCCCCUCCCCCUCUCCCACUGCCCCCUGCCCAGCCGCUAACCCUAGCCCCACGACAACCAGCCUUGGUCAGUGCACCCGGACUCAGUAUCAAGGACCCCAUCCCCCCACUCCCCAGGCCACCAGCCACUGCCACCCCACUCCUGCCGGACUCGAAGGGCACCGCCGCACCCACAGGCAGCCCCAAACCCCUGCAGCCCUUUCCCACACCCAUCCUGACCAUCGCCCAGCACCACGUGGUCCAGCAGCCCAUUCAGCCCCAGCUGCCACCCCCACAGCCACCUCCACCACCAACACUUGCAGCUCUGAAGUUGGCGCCGGCUGAGGAGGUGAAGCCCAUCGAACAGAAGAAGCGGCCUGGGGGGAUCGGGACCAGGGAAGUGCACAACAAACUGGAGAAGAACAGGCGGGCCCAUCUGAAGGAAUGCUUUGAGACUCUGAAACGCAACAUCCCCAAUGUGGAUGACAAGAAAACCUCCAAUCUAAGUGUCCUCCGCAGUGCCCUGAGAUACAUUCAGACGCUGAAGCGGAAAGAGAAGGAGUACGAGCACGAGAUGGAGCGGCUGGCCCGGGAGAAGAUCGCCACGCAGCAGCAGCUGACGGAGCUGAAGCACGAGCUGAGCCAGUGGAUGGACGCGCUGGAGAUGGAGCGGGUGCUGCGGCAGGCGGGGCAGCCCGAGGACGACCAGGCCUCCACCUCCACUGCCUCAGAAGGCGAGGACAACAUGGAUGAAGACAUGGAGGAUGACCGGUCGGCCUUGGGGCUGCCCAAGCUGAGCCAACGGCCACAAGCCGAGCUGCUGAAGCCAGCCGCCCUGCCUCCAAGCGCGGUCCCGGCCGCCGCGGCCCCUCACUCCCACCCCACGGCUCUGCAGCAGAAGCCCCCCCCUCCAGCAGCUGCCGCCCAGACCCUGGUGUCGGCCCCCGCCCACCUCGUGGCCACGGCGGGAGGGGGCUCGACGGUCAUCGCUCACACGGCCACCACCCACGCCUCAGUCAUCCAGACUGUGAACCACGUGCUUCAGGGCCCGGGGGGCAAGCACAUCGCCCACAUCGCCCCUUCGGCCCCCAGCCCCGUGCAGCUGGCACCUGCCACGCCCCCCAUCGGCCACAUCACUGUCCACCCCGCCGCCCUCAAUCACGUGGCCCAUCUGGGCUCCCAGCUGCCCUUGUACCCACAGCCGGUGGCCGUGAGCCACAUCGCCCACACCCUUUCCCACCAGCAAGUCAAUGGCACGGGCGGGCUGGGGCCACCAGCCACGGUCAUGGCCAAGCCGGCUGUGGGGGCCCAGGUGGUCCACCACCCCCAGCUGGUGGGCCAGACGGUCCUGAACCCGGUGACCAUGGUCACCAUGCCAUCCUUCCCCGUCAGCACCCUGAAGCUGGCCUGAAGGGGGCGUUACUCGGAGGUUCCCGGCACCCUUCCCACCAAGCAGCUCCACACAUUCCAGCCCAGCCCCCUUCCCCGCCCUCAGGGGAAGGGCCGGGUGCAGAGACUGAGCCCAGCGGGAGAAGAGAAGGGCGCCGACGAGGCUCCCUCUCCGAGCUGGGCCAGGAGGGCCCGGGGGCACCGGCCUGGGCCUGCCGCCUUUGGACUUGAGAAAAAACUCCAGAGACACUUUGGUGAGCGUGGUCCCCAUAGCUCUGGUGGCUGCCUCGAUUUCCGUUCUCGUCCCGGUCUGUCCCCGCCUCGCCUCCCUUUCCCGUGUAAUCAGUGAGCUGUGGAUGUGAUGUUCUUGGUUUUUGUCCCUCGUCCCUCCCUUCUCCUCCUCCCCACCUCGUGUGCUGCUGAUGCUGCUAUUGCUCUGUAGGGUGAGGUGGCUGAGCUCUGGGGGCCCUCCCCUGAACCCCAGGGGUUCUCAAGCCGGGCCGGGGUGGGGGCUGCCCGAACCGGGAGGCGGGAAGCAGGUGGCUCGGUGGGCCGGAGGCGUGGAGGAGCCGGGGUGGGGGGGCCGCCGUUGGAGGGUGCCCCCCUUUUCCUCAGCCCACACUACAGUCUGAUCGAUCCAUCUGAGGUCACUGUGAUUUGUUACAGUAGGAACUAUUUAAGACGAUUCUCUACUAAUAAUAAACCAAAUGAAAGAGAAACCAGGAGGAUUCCCGUGGGGCUUUGUUGCUGAUCUCUUCUUCUUCCCACCCCCAACCCCUGACAUCUACUUUGGUGGAAGAACCUAGAACGCCAGAGAGACCCAUGUGGUCCCAGUGGGGCCGGCCCCCCCAAGCCUAAGAGGAGUAAAGAGUCAGGGAGAGGGCCCGGCCCCAGCCCCUUCCCUCUCCUCGGGGCUCUAAGUCCCUGGCUGUGAGGGGAGCGGCUCCAAAGCCCCCAAGCACCCCCAGCCUUCCCUUUGCUCAGCUCUGUGGACUUGUAACUGGUGGACGUGUGUGCAUGUGUGUAUCUGCAUGCUCAGUCCGUGUGCGUGUGUGUCUCUUAGUGCCCUGCCCUUCCCCCUCACCGAGCUUGAGGACGGGCCUCGUGCCCGGGGGUUCGGCUCUCUCGCUCUGGGCCCCGCGGCCAGAAGAUUGUGGCCAAUGGGGAGCCAAGGCUGCAGUGACCCCUCCCCCCCACCCCUGCUGCCGGCUCUGCACAGGCCGAGUUUCCUUCUGGGCCCUGGAAGGCCCAGGGAUCCCCUCAGAAACUGGCCUGUUGGCCACAGAGAAGUCGCUGCAGCCUGACCCCCCGGCCUCUCCUCCCCGGCCCUCCUGCCCCUCUCUGGUUUACCUUUGAUGCUUUGGACUGAGCCUGGGGAACAGCCACCUUAGCAUCCUGCCUCAGUUUCUCCCUGAGGACGGCUCUCAGGCAUUUUCCCAGAGGGGAAAGAAAGGGAAAGAGACGCCCAUACUUCGGCCUUGUCCCCCCCAUCCCGGCUCCCAGAGGAGUGGGGCCUAGGCCGGGAGGGUGGGGCCUGCUCCCCGGACCCUCCCUACUAGUGAGUCUGCCUUUGGGGACAGCUUUGGUUUCUCCUCUCUUUUCACAUAGUUAUUACAAGUGACCUUGUGUAAAACACAUGCGCGUACAUGUACACUCAGAUACCCAUUUAGGCACAUAUAUAUUCAUAUAUAGACACAUAUACUCGUUGCCUUCAUGGGGGCUGUUUGGCAAGUAUCCUGACGGUGGAGUCGGUCCCUGGGCUUCCCAGGAGUGUUUGGGACCAAGCUGAGCCUGUCCCGGGGAGGAGGAGCAUUGUGGGGAGGCCGGGGGCGCCUGAAGCUCCCAGAUUCCUACGUCUUAGGUCCGCCGUGCCGUUGUGGAGGCCGGGUGGGCUGAGCGGGCCGUCCUGGGUGUCAGGCCAGAAGAGGGACCGCGGGAACACCUUAGAGCCCCAGAGUGGAUUCUGCCUGGAAGUAAACCCGGCCUUGCCUCCAAACCCACUUCCAGUUUCCAGUUUGUGCUGGGAGAUUUGGGGCGUCGGGGUUCCUUCUGCUUUGUGGAUUUCCCUUUGGGGAACUGUCCCGGGCAGGCCAUUCCCUUAGGUCCCUGGCCUGGCGGGAAAGGCUGACCUACAUGCUAACACCAGCCAUUAGUCACCCUCCACUUCCUCCUCCAGCUGUAGCCUCCCCCUCCUGGCCUCCUGUCGACAUCAAGGAGCCAUAAGCUCUACUUGGUCCACCUGGAUCCGCCUUGGGGGUGGGGUGGGGCAGGGUGGGGUGGGUGUGGAGGCCCAGGUGGCUCUGUGUGGAGAGAAUGGAUGGUGAGAUCUGCUGUCAGUCCUGUCCUUGUCGUCUUCCCAUCCCUCCCCUCCUCUCCCUUGUCCUCCCCUCCUUUCAUCCUCCUCCAUGGCCAGACAAGAGUGGAAUCUAAAUUGUGCCUCCCCCCACUCUCUGGGGACUGCCCCGAUACCUCAUCCAACCCCCAAGGCACCUGGGACAGGGGGAGGGGGGUCUGUGUGCUGUGUCUAGAGUGGCUCCCUUGGGUGUUGCUGUUGUGCUGUCUUGUUUUCUGGUGAACGCCGUGAUGCUGUAACAUUGGGGGGGCUGCCGUCCCUCUGCAUCCCAGCCUCCUUGCGGAGCGCCCCCUUCAGCAGCCGCCGGGAUGAGGCCUAGCCCCGGCCCUCUCCGCCCUCGGGAUACUGAGCCCUGCCUCUCUCCCCAAACCUCCUAACUUGGGACACACACACACACAUACACACCCACAGCCACUCACACAUCUUACCUCUCAUGCUUAUUUUAUUUUUUUAUGUUCUCUAAAUGACUCGCUGGCUGGGAGUCUUUACCUCGAAGGGCUCGGGUCCUCAGGUGGGCAGGGUGAGCACAGUGGGGUGCUGUGGGGGCCGCACUUGGGCCCUGCCCUCUCCAGGAUGAGCCCCCGACCCUCCUCAGGGAGGUGGCCCUUGUUUACAGUGAGGACUCAGUCGCUGUCUCUGUUUCCGGAAAUCUGAAGCCUCAAGACCCCGGACUGUAGAGAUUUUUAUGUGUUUGGAUACAUCUGCUGUGUGAAAAAAAAAAAAAAAAACCCUACAAAAACCCUAAUUUUGUACAUAUUGUAUUUUUACUAUUGAGCUGUAUUCUAGUGGCUGUUCACGCUCUAAGACUUUAGGUAUCGGGACAUGAAUAUUCUCCAUGUAAAAGCACUUGCCUGGAAUAAAACAUUGAAACAAAUAAACCUGCACUGAAAUGUGA